CGGAGCUGCAGGGUGGGCUGACCCCCUCGCCUCGCGGCCUCGACUGCUGGCUGCUCCGGGGUGGGCGCCGCUAACCCUAGUGCAAGCACGCGGCCGCGGCGCCGCCCACCGCCGCAGCGCUCCGCCUCCGCGCUCCAGCCCGCCGCGCCGCCACCCACUGCCGGUGCGCGCCGGCGUGGCUACCGCAGCGCUCCGCCGCGCCGCGCCCGCGCCGCCACCCACCGCUGGUGCGCGCCGCCGGCCCGCCGCCUACCGCCGCAGGCAAGCUUCCAGCGACGCCGAGGACGACCGGUGGCUCCUCAAGCAUAGGGGUGCCGCAAGCAAGCAUCAGAAUUCAGAGAGGAAUCGCCUUGAUCUGCUCCAUCAAAACGCCAUCCCUUCAAGGGAGGGGAAAGAGGAGACAAAACCAAAGUCGCCUUGCCUUAUGGCCACCGCUGGUGCCGUCGUGGAUCGACUCCGGCGCCGGCUGGCCUUAGAUGCUCGCCAUUUGGAGCUGCCCUCAAGCACAGCUGAGGACGUGGCGCAUGUCGGCCAAACUAUGUCGAGGUUGCAAGAUGUGCUUGCAAACAUGGAGAGGCAGUACUUCAAGAUGCCUGCGGAGGCGAAGGAUUGGAUGAGGAAAAUCAAGCAGAUUGCUUAUGACAUGGAAGAUCUUCUGGAUGAGUUCGAAGACCCUUGCGGCAUCGGAUCUCCAAAAGGUGGCUCUUGCAUAGCAACGGCAACAUUAUUCUGUUCAGCAGCUCCAUUUGUGUUUCAUAAUAGUAGUGCGCAAAGAAUGAAAAUGCUCAGAAGAAAACUAGAUUUAUCAACUGAAGAUUCUGUCAUAUACAGUUUAAUGCAGCACAAUUUAUGCGAUCAUAAGCCAUCUAAUCAGCACCAGGUGUUUCAUGGAAGUGCUAUUAUUGGAAGAAAUAGUGACAGAGAAAAUGUAAAAAGUUUGCUCUUGAAACAUGAUGCAGAUAAGAUAACCAUCAUUCCGAUUGUUGGCCUUACGGGUUUGGGGAAGACAACUCUAGCAAGGUUAAUUUUUCAUGACCAGACUGGAGAAGGGUGGAACUUUGAUCUGCAUAUAUGGAUCCAUUUGGACAGGAAUUUGGAGCUUAAUAAAAUUGCUAGUGAUAUAAUCUCGCAAGUUAAUCAAACAGAAGAUAUUGCCAUUUCAGAGGUAACCAGGAAUGACCAAAUUCGAAAUAACUUGCAGUUUAUGAAGAAACGCGUUCAAGAAGUUAUUCAUGACAAAAGCUGUUUGAUUGUCUUGGAUGGCUUGUUGAGUACAGAUAAAAUCCAGCUUGCUGAACUGAAGGAAAUGUUGACUAGUAAGAAGAAGGGCACCAAAAUCAUCAUGACCACUUCCAAUGAAAUAACUGCAGAGCUGUUUCACACUAUUCCACCUUAUAAACUGGGUCCUUUAUCCGAAGAUGAUUGCUGGGAGAUAUUUUCUCGAAGAGCAUUUGACAAUGGAGAUGGAAGCACACACCUCACUGAAAUUGGGAAGCAAAUUGUAAAGAAGUGCGAAGGCAUGCCAGCAGUAGCAUAUUCUCUUGGUUCAUUGAUGCGUCACAAGGGUGAGAGUGACUGGUUAUGGACUAGGGAUAAGGAUAUAUGGGAAUUAGAGAGGAAGUUUUCUAGUGCAGUUGAAGUACUGACGCCAUUCAGUGAAAUGUAUUACACUAUGCCCUCGGCUUUAAAAUUAUGCUUUGCAUACUUGUCGGUUUUCUCCAAGGGGUCAAGAAUUGAUAAGGAGAAACUUAUUCAACAGUGGAUGGCACUAGAUAUAGUUGGGUCGAAGCAUGGGACUUUACCUGCUUACAUUCAUGGAGAUAUGUACAUUCAAGAACUUUUGUCGAUAUCCUUCCUUCAAAUUCAAGAGAGAUCCUCAGCUACUGGAACCAAUCACACCAAUAGUACCAUGGUAUUCCAAGUACAUAACUUGGUACAUGCAUUUGCAAAAUAUGUUGUUGCUAAUGACCUCGUAACUCUGGAUGGUGGCAACCUGUCAAUUGUCCCUUCAGCUGAAAAGAUCAGUUACAGCUAUGUGGUGGCGAAUAAUUACACUGCACAUUCACCAGCCCUGAAAGAUUUUCUCACCAGGGCAAGGGCAGUAUCAUUCAAAAACUGUGAAUCAUCAAGGCUUAUUUCAAAUACGCUCUCCAAACUAAACCAUUUGCGUGUUUUAGAUCUCACCUGUUGUUCUAUUGUUGAACUACCUGCUUCAAUUGGCCAUUUGAAGCCUCUGAGGUAUCUCGAUGCUUCUGGAUUAAGGAUUCGGGAAUUACCCAUCCAAAUGAGCAGUUUGCUAAACCUUGAGGCAUUGGAUCUCUCAGAAUCUUAUGUUGAGGAGUUACCCACAUUUAUCGGUUCUUAUCAAAAGCUAACAUAUUUGAACCUAGGAGGAUGUGACAAACUUCGAAACUUGCCCCCCACGCUUUGUGAUCUCAAGAUGCUACAAUAUCUCAACCUAUCGCGUUGUUCUGGAGUUGGUAACGUACCUGAAUUUCUUUGCACACUCCAUGAACUUCGAUUUCUGGAUCUAUCAAGUUGCACUGAGAUUCAACAUUUCCCUCAUUUAUUGGGUAACCUAAUAAAUUUAGAGGACCUUAACCUCUCAGGUUGUUCAAAUCUCAAGAAACUACCAGAAUCAUUUGGUAACCUUUAUUUUCUUCGGUUCUUAAACUUAUCAGGGUGCUCUGAGCUUCAGCAGUUGCCAGAAUGUAUUGUAGGGCUUGUAAAUUUGCAAUAUCUGAACUUGGCACAUGUUCUGCUUGAGUUGCCCGAGUCUCUAAGCAAGCUUGAGAGGCUCCGCUCGUUAGAUAUUACUGGUUAUCGGCUCUCACUGUUGUCGGACACACCUCAAACAUUUUCGAGCAUUGUGCUGAAGAUACCAAAUCUCAAAUUGCUCUUGACAGAUGACUCGGAUGUUGAAAGUUACAUAUCUCGACACAUUCAGUCCUUAACAGAAGUCAGAAAUGUAGUAAGGGAGGGUAAGUCUGUACACACUUCAGAGAGGGCAAAUCCACUGCAAAUGGGAAAAUCACCAUACCCACAUACUUUGGAGGAAGGUGCCUCUGAAAAAAACAGAGAGGUCAGGCAAGACCACCCUUUAUCAGAUCAUUCUGAUCCGAAGAAUUUUAGUAAGGAUGGGCAGCAGUCCACACCAACAGUCAAGCUCCCGUCGCCGGCUGGGCGCCCCCGCAGAGGAUCGGACGCUGCCGGCCGCCAGGAUGGGCUCCUGUGGUACAAGGACAGUGGGCAGGUUGUCGAUGGUAAGUUCUCCAUGGCCGUGGUCCAGGCCAACAACCUGCAGGAGGACCAAAGCCAGGUGGAAUCAGGGCCGCUCAGCGCAACGGACCCCAGCCUCCAAGGCACAUUCGUUGGCGUUUAUGAUGGGCAUGGUGGCCCGGAGACGGCGCGCUACAUCAAUGAUCAUCUCUUCAACCACCUGAGGAGAUUUGCAUCUGAGCACAAGUGCAUGUCAGCUGAUGUGAUUCGGAAGGCUUUCCAAGCGACCGAGGAGGGGUUCAUUUCUGUAGUUAGUAGGCAAUGGUCAUUGAGACCUCAAUUAGCAGCGGUUGGCUCUUGCUGUCUUGUUGGUGUGGUUUGCAGUGGAACUCUAUAUGUUGCAAACCUUGGGAAUUCCCGUGCUGUUCUUGGGAGACUAGUCAAGGUAACUAGAGAGGUUUUGGCAAUGCAGCUCUCAGCAGAACACAAUGCAUCCUACGAGGAGGUUAGACGAGAGUUGCAGGCAGCACAUCCUGACGAUCCCCAUAUUGUGGUCCUAAAGCACAAUGUUUGGCGUGUGAAGGGCAUCAUCCAGAUAACAAGGUCAAUUGGAGAUGUAUAUCUAAAGAAACCGGAGUUCAAUAGAGAACCUUUGCACGCCAAGUUUCGCCUUCAGGAAACUUUCAGGAGACCACUUCUUAGUUCUGAUCCAGCAAUUACUGUACAGCAAAUACAGCCAACUGAUAAGUUCAUCAUUUUUGCAUCUGAUGGACUCUGGGAGCAUCUUAGUAAUCAGGAAGCUGUUGACAUGGUCCAGAGUAGCCCUCGAAAUGGAAUCGCUCGAAGAUUAGUAAAGGCUGCAAUGCAGGAAGCAGGGAAGAAGAGGGAGAUGAGGUAUUCCGACAUCAAGAAAAUUGAUCGUGGGGUGAGGAGGCACUUCCAUGAUGAUAUAACUGUCAUCGUGGUCUUUUUAGAUUCAAAAGCCACGGCAACUGCUGCCUGGAGCGGACCCACUGUCUCUCUCCGUGGGGGUGGUGUUCCAAUCCCUUCGAACACCCUCCAUUCUCAGUCCCCACAGAGCUAAACAGGUUCUUACUGAAACCAUAAUGGAGGUGAAGGGGCCAGAGAAGAUCAAAAGAAAGUAAAAGAAAAGGUAAAAGAAAAAAAGAUGAAAGAAGAGAAGCAGUUGUAAUCAGCUGUAGUGUAUUUUGUCGUCUGCCAUGUUCUUGUAAAACCUAUUUUAGAUUCUCAACCUGGUGACCAACGUACUGAUAGCAAGGUAUAAGAUUAGAUAUACAAGGGCUACAAGUGUGGCGAGGAUGAUUAAACGAAUAAAUUUUGUCAUGUUCCUUUAAUUGUGAUUGCAGCUAGUAUUUUGGAACACAAA